AUGUCACGGAUCGGCGGCCAUUUUGUCACCUCACCUCACAAGAAGUUUCAGAAGUCAAGAGUGGCGUACUAUUCGAACUGUACAGCUUCCUUCAACCCGGUUGCUCUUUCUGUGGUUAGAAGUGGAGACAUUCAUCCUCAUCCAGGACCUCACAGACAAUGUAACUCGACUUGUAAAUCAGCCGUCCGCCAUGACAGUUCUCGUAAAAAAUGCAAGGAGUGUGAUCGGACGAUUGCUAGAAAUCACCGUGCAACCAUAUGCGACUGCUGCUCGUUGUGGUCUCACAUUAAAUGCGGCGGUGUGACCCCUAAGCAAUAUCUAAUUUUGCAGUCGUCUGGCAGUACAUCGCACACUUGCGAGUCAUGUAUGGAGGCUCUUCGCCAAUUACCUUUUGCGGACUCGAGUUUGAACUCCAGCACAAGUACCAACAGUUCUACUGGAUCAUGUUCCGACGAUGAAACAUGGAGUGAAUAUGAUGCCUUGAUUAAGAAACAUUGGACCAACAUUAAAAUCGGACAUGUUAAUGUGGACCAUAUUGCAGGUUUUAAAUUCUUUGAGGUCAAGUAUUGGCUAUUAGAAGGAAAGUUUGAUAUUUUAGUACUUUCUGAAACGAAGCUGGAUUCCAGUUUUCCAGAUAGUCAAUUUAUGGUCACCGGAUAUCGAAUGUGUAGGGCUGACAGAAACAUACAUGGCGGUGGUUUAUUGGUCUAUAUCCGCGCAGACCUCUGCUUUAAAGUCAUUAAAGACCUUCCCAAUCUUCGAUUAUGUGAGCGUGAACGGUACAAGACUGAAUCGAUUGUGCUGAAGGUGAGGAUAGCUAAGAAGUGGGAAACCAUCGUCGGUUUCUAUAGACCUCCAACAUCUGCGUCUAUCCCACAAUCGCUAUGGAAAUUUGAACUAUCUUCAAUACUUGAGGCGAUCACAAUACUUCCUGGUAACUGCUUUUUCGUAGGCGACUUUAACUCGGAUAUGUUACUACCAGACAAGCCGCCAAGGGAUGGUAGAGUUAUGGCAAACCUACUUGAUAUUUACGACUUGAAGAAUUUAAUACAUGAAGCCACCCGUAUUACCAAGACAUCAGAAACCCUACUGGACCUUUUUCUCACUGACAACUUGAGAAAAAUACAGUCAUCGGGCGUAGUCCAUGUUAAUAUAAGUGAUCACUCUCUUGUGUUUGCCAUGCUCAGGGCAUCGGAACCGAGAAUACGAUCUCGGAAAAUACAAUUCAGAAGCCUUAAAAAUUUUGAUAAACAGCAUUUUCUACAUGAUUUGCAUAAUGUUCCUUUCCAAGUAGCUGAAAUAUUUGACGACGUUGACGAUAAGCUCUACGUGUUUGAUUGUCUAUACGAAGACAUUCUUGGUGAGCAUGCACCUUUGAAACAGGUCCGCAUAAGGGGAAAUCAAGUUCCCUUUAUGAAUGAACAAUGGCGCAAAGCUAUUCGUCAGAAAAACCGUUUGUGGAAACGUUUCAUUCGCGAAAGAACUGAUACUAAUUAUGAAUUACAAAAAACAAAUGGCGGAGCUUUUAAUAGUUAUUUUGUCAACAUCGCGGACGGCGUUCCAGAGAUUACUGAACAGAGUUAUGGAAAAGAGUUGGAUGCGCAUCCUAGCAUUCAGGCGAUUUUCAACAACAAUGAACAGCUCGCUGUGAGAAACAAAUUUGCUUUUCAAUAUACUAAUAAAACCCAAGUGGAAGCUUUGUUACUCGAAAUCAACUCCCGCAAAUCCUGUGGUCAUGACGGAAUACCACCGCGACUGGUAAAAGAGUCUGCCAACGCGAUUGCUGGUCCUAUUGCUGCAAUAAUGAAUCACUCGAUCAGGACAGGACAGUAUCCGUCGCGCUGGAAAUUAGGUCAAGUUACUCCUUUAUUUAAAAAGGACGAUGAACUGAACAAAAGCAAUUAUCGACCAGUGACCGUUUUACCUGCGCUCAAUAAUGUUUUCGAGAGGCUGCUUUCAGCUCAAAUGGGCGACUUUUACCAAAACAUAUUGUCCGAAUACGUAUCUGCCUACAGAAGGCACCAUAGCUGUGAGACAUCUUUGCUUAGGCUGACUGAGGACUGGAGGCGUAGUCUAGAUAAUAAAGAGAUCGUGGCGGUUAUAUCAAUGGAUUUGUCAAAAGCUUUCGACACCGUACCUCAUGCUUUGCUACUAGCGAAACUGAAAGCGUAUGGUUUGCAUGAAUCCAGCUGUGCCCUUAUCGGUGACUACUUGACGGAUAGAAUGCAGCGAGUGAAAAUUGGUGAUACUUAUUCGGAUUGGAUGAGCGUGAAGCGUGGCGUGCCUCAAGGCAAGGUCCUGGGACCCAUGUUUUUCAACAUGUUCCUCAAUACCUCAUCUUUCACAUUAAGUCUGUAA